AUGUAUCAUCGGGCAUUCAAGAAAUGGAUGGACUUUGCUUUAAGCAAAUUGAGCAGUUAUUUUCUUCCAGUAAAACCUGUUCAUGUAGCUAUUUAUUUACAGCAUGUAUUAGAAUCCACCAACUCCUUUAGCUCCGUCGAUACUGCUUUCUACGCUAUUAAGUGGGCCCACGAGAUCGCCGGUAUGGUGUCUCCUACUGAUAAUCAGGAAGUUUCUAGAGUUCGGGAAGCUGCUAAGAGAAUUUUAGGGGCUGGGAGACCCAAUAUGAAAGAGCCUUUAUCAGUUGAAGUCCUCAAAGGAACUGUGGAGGGAGCUGAUUUGUCCAAUGUUCUGCAGUUAGAAACGUGUGUUUGUACGUGUUAUCCUAUGCGGGUUUUUCCAGAUCUGAGGAGGUUCUUAAUAAUAGAAUGAGUCAUAUUCGUUUUUAUGAAGGGUUCAUGAUUAUCAAAGUAGGCAAAAGCAAGACUGAUCAGCUUAGGCAAGGUGACGAAGCGGUUAUUGCUCAAUCCAAGGAGAAUGCUUGCCCGGCUUUCUUACUCAAAGAGUACUUGAAGAAAUUAGAUAUCAGCCCCGACUCUAGUGAAUUUGUUUUCCGACCGCUUGUUAAAACCAAGUCGUCCUACAAAUUGGUUCAAGUUGAUAAGCAUAUCUCGUAUGCAACCUUCAGAGGUCAGCUAACUAAAAGUCUGCAGAGCAUAGUUCCGAAUCCCUCUGUAUUCGGGACUCACUCUUUCCGGUCUGGAGGAGCGUCGAGGGCUGCCAACAGCGGGGUUAGUGAUAGAGUUUUUCAGAGGCAUAUGGAAAAGUGUCGCAGCUAA